UACAAAAGAAAUAGAUUCCUCUCUCCGGCACAAUUGCUGUCUCCCUCUCUCCGUCCAUCUGUACGUUUGUUCUGACCGUAAAACCCUAAUAGCCAUGGAACAGUCUCGCCGGAUUUCCGUUCAUCGAGCUCUUGGCGGCGGAGCAGUGGCGGAUGUUUUACUUUGGAGGAGAAGGAGGGAAGGGGUUGUUCUGCUAGUCGGUUCCACCGGUCUGUGGCUCCUGUUUGAGCGGGCUGGUUACAACUUCUUGUCUUUUGUCGCAAAUGUUCUAUUGCUUCUGGUUGUCAUCCUUUUCUUCUGGGCUAAAUCCGCUUCAUUGCUCAAUAGACCUCUGCCUCCCCUUCCUGAUCUGGAAAUUUCUGAGGAAUCUGUUCUGAGAGCUGCUGAUAUAGCACAAGGGUGGAUCAAUCAGAUAUUGUUGAUUGCACAUGACAUUUCCAUUGGUCAAAAUCUAAAACUUUUUCUUAAGGUUGCUUCGGGCUUAUGGUUAAUUUCAUACUUUGGUGGUGUCUUCAACUUCAUUUCUCUGGUCUAUAUUGGUGUUCUUCUUAGUCUCUCAGUUCCUGUGUUGUACGAGAAGUUUCAAGAUCAAGUUGGUGAAAAGCUAAUUUUAGUGUAUGAGUUCAUUCUGUCAUUAUACAGGAAAAUUGAUGAUAGUAUCCUGCGAAAGAUUUCAUUUCCUCUUAAUAGGAAAAAGAAGACUCAAUAGAUCAAGUUUCUGUUCGCCGGAAUUCAAUAUCAACUAUCACACGGUAAGGUACUGAAUCAUUGAGAUUGAGAUUGACCCGCUUUCUUUUUCUACACUGAUGAAAUCUCCCCUUGUUGAGCUCGUGGUUUUAGAAGGGAACUUACAAAUACAUCCAGGCUUACUUUCACUUGAUUAGUUGAAGUAUUCCUCUGUAGCCUUUCUUCUGCAGACUAUGUUCUCUGGGCGUCUGUAAUCUUGUGGGAUAAUUAUGAACUUCACCUUCAAAAUUAUUUCUGUUCCUUCAUAGUAUAUCUAUUUCCCUGAUUUAUUUCUGAAUUGAUUUAACAUUAUGACCAGUAGCCUAUUGAAAACUUGUUUUUUGUUA